GGAAUCGUCUAAUUUUUUUCCUAAUUCUUUUGUCUUUAUUUAGAGGACAAAAAAAUAAAAUAUGAAUAUACCAGGUCUAGUUGUCAGUGAUGCAACAGAUGAAGGUCUAAAUGACAUGGUGGAAAAGCAUCCAGAAGUUAAGGAAUUCCAGCUUGGAUCCAAGUACACAUUUUUCUGUCAUAGUGCAGGCUCAUAUAGCGGGUUACAGAAUGUCCUGUCUUUGCCCAACCUUACCUCUAUUGAAAUAAAGAGAAAAAUGAAGCCAAUGCCUGUUCAGCUGUUAACUCUGCAGUCCACUUAUCUUACCACACUUGGGUUAUAUAAUAUGAACAUACCAGAGACAUCAAUUCUAUCUCUACUGGACAGCUGCACUUCCAACUUGAGGGACUACAAGAGAUAAUCAGGAUUUGUGGAGAUAAUCUCAAAGAACUGGAUAUCAGUGAGACCAAUGUAACUGGGGAACAUAUUGAACACCACAAUAGAUCUCUUCCUGUUGUGGAGAGCAUCAAGUGUCAUGAAGCUCAUAAACUAACAGACAAUGGACUUCUACAUUUACUCCGUCUUUGUGGGGAUAAUCUAAGAAUUUUAGAUUUAACAGAAACCCAGAUCACUGGUGAAAGAUUGUCUGAAUUUUCAAGAAUCCUUCCAGUUGAGUCUCUCCUAUGUAAUAAGUGCAGCAACCUCUCUGACAGGGGCCUAGUUCAGUUACUUCAGUUGUCUGGAAGCACGCUCAAGUAUUUGGAUAUAUCAGAAACUAAUAUCAGUGGAGAUCUAUUGUAUGCUUACAAUGGCGUUCUUCCAUGUUUACUGGCACUGAAUUGUGAGGAGAAUCGAAAUCUUACAGGGUAUGCUGAGGCAUCUACUCCGGUUUGGUGGGAGCACACUUAAAUCCUUAAAUGUCUCAUCCACUCUCAUAUCUGGUGAAGGUUUGCUGGCUAAUAACAUAACCUUGCCUUGUCUGGAAGAUCUCCAAUGUUAUAGUUGCAACAAUCUAAAUGAUUUUGGAUUGUUUGAAUAUCUCCAAGUAUCUGGGAAUACUCUUAAACACCUUGAUCUUGAGAAUACAGAUGUAACAGGAGAGUUCAUGUCUACCUAUCAGGGGGGUCUGCCCUGUCUAACAACUCUGGACAUGGGGGAUGCAGAUGAACUCACAGAAACUGGACUAACGAACAUUCUGAAGCACACUGGACCUGCGCUGGAGAAGUUGAAUGUUUUUGGCUGUUCUAGGCUGACAGAACCCUUUCUAGAGAGUCUCCAAACCACUUAUAAUAAUAAAAACAAUGCUAACCUUGUCAUAUCUAGUGGUCCUGAAAUUAAAUGGGAACUUUCAAAUUAGGAUAUUUUGUUAAAAUUUUAAUUGUCAUACCUCUUUCAACAACUAAGUCUAAAUUGCUAAACUCAAACUUUUUUUUAAUAAAAUAAAUAAUUUCAGAUGGAAAAAAAGGAGAAUCUAUGAAGGAAGAAAUGAAACGCAUGAUGGUUCCAGGUUAUCCUUUGCAAGGUGAACCUGGACUUGACACUGUGUGUGCUGAUGUUAUCAGAAAAAUCCUAACAUUUCUGGAUUCCAGGAGUUUAAAGAAGCUGAGAGAAGUAUCAUCAUCCAUCAGGGAUAAGGUUGAGGAAAACAGCAAGAUGGUACAUUACUGGUCACUUACUUCAGAAUUUUCCAUAGAGAAUCUUGAAAAGUUUGCUGAUGAAGUUCAAACUGUUCUAGGUCUACUUGUUAAUGAUGCCACAGAUGAGGGUCUCAAGUAUUUUGCUAGAAAACAUCCAGAAAUUAUAGAAUUCCAGCUUGGAUCUGAUGACACUGACACUGACACUGACACUGACACUGUUUCUGUCACUGACACUGACACUAGUAAAUGCUCACUUAAUGGGUUACAGACAGUAAUGUCACUUCCUAACCUGACCUCAGUGAAAAUAAACAGGAAAAUUCAGCCAAUUCCAGACCAAAGCAUCUUCAGUAUGCUAUUCAUACUGUCCUCACGUCUGACCACUCUGGGAUUAUACAACUUACAAAAUAUUCCAGAAGAAUCAAUUCUUGUCCUACUACACAGCUGCAGUUCAAGCUUGAAGACAAUUCAUCUUUCAGGAAAUUCAAAUAUAACUGACGUAAUUCUCUUGAAAAUCUUUCAAAAGUUUGGUAGCUCACUUGAAUCACUUGACCUUUCUAAUUCUAAUGUCACUGGAGAGAAAUUAUCAGAAUUCAAUGGAUCUUUACCUGUUAUAACAGAGCUUGGUUUAUUUAAUUGCAAGCUAACUGACACAGGCUUGUUAUAUCUUCUUCAUCUAGGUAGAAAAACCCUUGACAGCAUGGUAAUAGCGUAUACUCCAAUUACUGGCGAGAAGUUGAAAGAAUUUGAGGGAACCAUGGAAUGCUUGGAGACCUUUGAUUUCCAUUCCUGUGAACAAAUAACAGAUGGAGGACUACUGCAGAUAAUCCGGAUUUGUGGAUCUACUCUCACAGAACUGAACCUCAGUUUUACCCCUCUUACUGGGGAGGGUCUUGUUAACUGUACCAGUUCCCUUGAGAAUGUGGAGAAACUGGAUUGCUCAUUUGCCUUUGAGCUCACUGACCAUGGACUUUUCCAGUUACUCUCUCUUUGUGGAGAUAAUUUAGAAACCUUGAAUAUAGAUGACACUUGUGUGACCUGCAAUAUGUUAAGUAUUGAAAACCUUCCUCAUAUUCAGAAUUUGAAAUCUCUGAAUUGCAGUUCAACGUCACUAGUUGACAGUGGGCUGCUUCAGUUGUUACGCUUGUGGGGAAAUACACUCACACAUUUGGACAUUGGUGAUAAUGAUAUUACAGGAGAAGGUUUGUCGGAACUGGGAGUUUGCUCUUUGCCUUGUAUUGAAGAAAUUUCACUUUGGUGUGAGAAUCUAAGUGAUGAUGGAUUGGUGAAGUUUCUCAAAUUAUGUAAAAAAAACUGUUAAAAGCCUUUAUAUUGGGGGUUCUUCCAAGAUAACAGGAGAAGGCGUGGAUGGCAUUGAGGGGGGUCUGCCCUGCCUAACAACUCUGGACAUCGGGGGUGCAGAUGAGCUCACAGAAACUGGUCUACGGAGGAUCCUGGAACAUCCUGGACCUGCAUUUAAUAAACUGAUUUACCAGUUUGAGGGUAUUCCUAAUUUUUCCGCAUCCUUCAUUCAAGAUAUCCAACAACAGUAUCCAAACGUCACAAUUUCUUCAGAAAAAGAUUAACAGAAAAUAAGACGGAAAAGUUGCUGGGUUUCUAACCAACUAUCAAUAAUCACUGCACACUAUAGACUAGAGUUAUAGAUUUCGACAAAAAGGGAAUUUUCAAGUGAACCCUGUAUUAAAUUAUGUUAAUUGUGUUUAUUUCAUUUUGUGCAUCUACUGCAUAAAUCUGCAAAUCCUUUAAAGUUAUCAAUAUUUGCUCAAACGAAGGUUUGAAGGCUACAGCUGUAAAUGGGGCUAUUAUGUGGCCAAUAUCACAUAAACUUUAUUUAAGAUUUAUUGUCUUUUUCUAAGAAAUUUCACAACUUU